GAGAUGUACGCCAUGGAAGCCAUUUCCACUUUGACCCUGGGGAAAAUUGGCAUCCAGAACCUCGCAGGCAUCAAGCUACCAAGCAGGCUUGGGUCAUUAAGCCUUGGGGAUGACUUCAACCAGAGCCUGCACGGCAUCAUGCUGCCAAGCACAUUGCAGUCACUGACUUUCGGCUACAUGUUCAACCAAAGUCUGGAAGGAGUCACCUUGCCGAACGGCCUGCAAGCACUUAUCUUUGGAUACAACUUCGACAGGAGUUUGCAAGGUGUAGUGCUGCCUGAUGGCCUGCAGGCACUGACAUUUGGCUUUGCCUUCAACCAGAGUUUAGAAGGCGUGGUGCUACCGAGCAACCUAAAGACGUUGACUUUCGGCUACUCAUACAACCAGAGCCUGGAGCGUGUGAGGCUACCAAGUAUCUUGCAGACGUUGACAUUUGGUUAUCAGUUCGACCGAAGCCUGGAAGGCAUCACGCUGCCGAGCAGCCUGUUGAACUUGACCUUUGAAGGUAAGUUUAACCAGGACUUUGGUGCUGUCAUGUUGCCAAGUGGUCUGCAGACGUUGUGCUUUGGCUUCAGUUUUGCCCAGAGUCUGGCGGGUAUCAGCCUACCAGGCAGCUUGGAGACGUUGAUCUUCGGCGCCAUGUUCAACAAAAGUCUAGCCGGUGUCACUUUACCAAGCAACCUGCAAACGUUGACAUUUGGCAUGAUGUUCAACCAGAGCUUGAGAGAAGUCCUUCUGCCUAGCGGCCUACAGACACUGCGCUUUGAAGAUUACUGGUACCAGUGCCUGGAAGGCGUCAACUUGCCGAGCACACUACAGACAUUGAAGUUCGACAAUACUUGUAUGGUUGUUCGGGCAGGAAUCACUCUACCAUGCAGCCUGCAGAAACUACAUUUGGGCGACAAUUUCAAUCAGCGUCUGGCGGGUGUCACUUUCCCUAGCUGCCUGCAAACAUUGAAAUUUGGCGAUGAGUUCAACCAAAGUCUCGAAGGCAUCACGCUCCCGAGCAAUUUGAAGACACUAUCUUUUGGCCAAGGGUUUGAUCAGAGUCUGGCAGGUGUUAUAUUGCCGGGCGGUCUGCAGACAUUGCAGUUUGGCUUUAGUUUCGCCCAGAGCCUGGAAGGUGUUAGCUUACCAAGCAGUUUGGAGACGUUGAUUUUCGGCGCCAUGUUCAACGAAAGUCUAGCCGGUAUAACUUUACCGAGCAACCUGCAAACGUUGACCUUUGGCAUGAUGUUCAACCAGAGUCUCCGAGGUGUCCCUUUGCCCAGCCGCCUACAGACAUUGAACUUUGGAGAUAGCUAUAACCAGAGUCUGGAAGGCGUUUCCUUGCCGAGCGCCCUGAAGACAUUGAUUUUCGGCGACGCGUUCAACCAAAGUCUGGAAUAUGUCGCAUUGCCAAGCAGCUUGAAGACGCUGGCCUUUGGCCAGGAAUUCAAUCAGAGUCUGGAAGCUGUUGCAUGGCCCGGCUGCCUUCAAACAUUGGUAUUGGGCCAAGAGUUCAACCACAGUUUGGAAUCCGUGGAGUUACCAAACAGCUUAGUGGAGUUUGGCUGCAGUUUCCUUCACGUUUGCGUCCAUGCUUCAGACUGA